GCGGAAGAGCCGCUCGUGCGCGGGCUCGUCCGGGCCCGCGGGCCGCGCCGGCCUGGGCGCGCUGCUCGCGCCGCGGAGGGCGGCCGCGGAGGGCGACGCCGGCCUGGGGGCGGGGCCGGGCGACGCGCCGCGGCGGGCGCGCCUGUCGGCCGCCAUGGGCCCGAUGCCCGCGGGGCUGGCCUGCUCGCGAGAGACGGGGGUUCGCAGGAAACGCGGGUGA